UUUGGCGUCCAAAAGGCCGACUGGUCGACCGACGAUCUCAAGGAGUUUCUGCACUUUUUCAUUGUCGGCGUCUCGGUGCUCGUCGUCGCGAUCCCCGAAGGUCUCCCGCUCGCCGUCACGAUCUCGCUCGCCUUUUCCGUCAAGAAGAUGCUGGCGGACAACAACCUUGUGCGCCAUUUGGGUGCGUGCGAGACGAUGGGGUCGGCGACGACCAUUUGCUCGGACAAGACGGGCACGCUGACGACCAACAAGAUGACGGUCAUGCAGUGCCGCAUUGGCCACACCACGUUUGCGCCAGCGACCGACUUGGAGUCGCUCGCGUUGGCGCCGUUGACGCGCGAACGCCUCGUGCACGCCAUGUGCUUGAACUCGACCGCCGAGUUGAUUGGGCCCGAGCGUGCGCACACUGGCAACAAGACCGAGUGCGCGCUCUUGAUGUUCGCGUCGGAGCUCGGCGCGCCUUCGUAUGCGGCGCUGCGCAAGGACUUUGGCAGCGUUUGCCAUUGGCUGCCGUUCAGUUCGGCCAAAAAGCGCAUGUCGAUCGUGUUGCCGUUGACGGCCACCACGACCCGUGUCUUUACGAAAGGCGCGAGUGAGAUUGUCCUCGGUCUCUGCGACGCGCAGCUCCUUGAAGACGGGGCCUCGAUCGCACUGAGUGACACCACGAGCCACAUGGCGACAAUCUCGUCGUUCGCCAAGAAUGGUCUGCGCACGCUCUGCCUUGCCUUCAAGGACGUCGACGCGCCGUAUGAGGUCGUUGCGACCAUGUCCGAAGCGCAGCUGGAGACGAACCUGACGUGCAUUGCGAUCGUCGGCAUUGAAGAUCCGCUUCGCCCAGAGGUCCCCGGCGCCAUCCGCCAGUGCAACCAAGCCGGCAUCAUCGUGCGCAUGGUCACAGGCGACAACAUCGACACAGCCACGUCGAUCGCGGCCAAGUGUGGGAUUCUUCCGGCGGACGAUCCGGACGCGAUCGUCAUGGAAGGCGCGACGUUUCGCGCGGCGGUGCUCGACGCCCGUGGCAACAUCAAGCAAGAUGCGUUCGAUGCCAUUUGGCCCAACCUCCGCGUCCUCGCGCGGUCGUCGCCCCAGGACAAGUACACGCUCGUCUCGGGCAUGAUGCAGUCGACGAUCCACGGGCCGCAGGUCGUGGCUGUCACGGGCGACGGCACCAACGAUGCGCCGGCGCUCAAGAAGGCCAACGUGGGCUUUGCGAUGGGCAUUUGCGGCACGGCCGUCUCGAAGGAUGCCUCGGAUAUCAUUCUCAUGGACGACAACUUCAAGUCGAUUGUGAACGCGGUCAAGUGGGGCCGCAACGUCUACGACUCGGUCUCCAAGUUUCUCCAGUUCCAGCUCACGGUCACGGUGACAGCGAUCACGCUCUGCGUCAUUGGCGCCGUCGUCCUCGAAGAAACGCCGCUGACGGCGAUCCAGCUCCUCUGGGUCAACUUGAUCAUGAACACGUUUGCGUCGCUCGCGCUGGCGACCGGGAUCCCCACCGACGCGAUGCUCGAGCGCAAGCCGUACCCGAAGACGAAGGCGCUCAUCUCUAAGAAGAUGACCAAGCACAUUGUGGGCCAAGCGCUCUUCCAGCUCGCGGUGCUUCUGACGCUGACGUUCAAGGGCGAGGUGCUCCUCGCCAUUCCGUCGGGCCGCAAGUACGAGAUUACGUCGGCCGACCCGUCCCAGCACUACACAGUCAUCUUCAACACGUUCGUCUUCCUCCAGCUCUUCAACGAGAUCAACGCGCGCUGCAUCCACGACGAAGCCACCAUCAUGGAAGGCUUUUUCGCCAACAAGCUGUACCUUGGCAUCUCGGUGAUCCAGGUCGUGCUUCAAGCGCUCAUUGUGCAGUUUGGCGGCAGCGUCUUCGAGUGCGCGCCGCUGAGUGUCGGGCUGUGGUUUGUGUGCCUCGGCCUCGGCGCGCUGAGCUUGCCGAUCGGGUUUUGCCUCCGCCGCAUCCACUCGCACCACCUGCCAAAGUCGUUUGGCUUUGUUCGCAAAGCCCCGACGACCGCGCUUCGCUUCCGCCGAUAACAGCCAACCAACGCUUGCUUGGUUGUCUCUCUGUCGGUCGUCGUCCCUCGUGCAUUUGUCUUUUCUAGAUAUAACAACAAUACCAAUACAUGUUUAUGCACGAAA